ACUUGGAAAAGUAGUCCAAGCAGCGGGAAGUGUAGACAUAUAGUUUAAUUUUGAUGCUAUUUUAAAGCAAAGUUUUAGCAUUUCAGUGUUAAAAAUUGGUGUAGUUAGGCUUCAAAUUAGAAUUCGUGCUUGAAAAUGUGAAAAAGCUAUCGUUUGAAACAAAAUAAUUCUUACAAAAGUAUUCUGCUUAGAGCCGUAAGAUGAAAACAUAUUUCUUACGCCGUUCUUAGCGCGUCUUUAUUCCCGCGUGACAAAUUCGAAUAUUCGAGACGAAAUUCUGUGUUGUGUGUUGUGAGGGGUUGGUGCAGUGGUUGUUUCUUUUGAUUUUUUGAAAGUACACGCGGCAAUAAUGAGAGAGAUUGUUCAUAUGCAGGCUGGCCAGUGCGGCAACCAAAUCGGAGCCAAGUUCUGGGAGGUGAUCUCAGACGAGCAUGGUAUUGAUCCGACGGGAACAUACCACGGUGACUCAGACCUACAGCUGGAGAGGAUAAACGUCUACUACAAUGAGGCGUCCGGUGGCAAGUAUGUACCGCGGGCUAUCUUGGUGGAUUUGGAACCAGGUACAAUGGAUUCCGUCCGUGCCGGCCCAUUUGGACAGAUUUUCCGACCAGAUAAUUUCGUCUUCGGCCAGAGUGGUGCAGGUAACAACUGGGCGAAAGGUCACUACACAGAGGGCGCAGAGCUGGUCGAUUCGGUGCUCGACGUGGUUCGCAAAGAAGCGGAAAGCUGUGACUGCCUGCAGGGUUUCCAGCUGACACACUCCUUGGGCGGUGGAACUGGAUCCGGAAUGGGAACUCUGCUCAUCUCCAAGAUCCGUGAAGAAUACCCAGACCGAAUCAUGAACACCUUCAGCGUCGUGCCCUCUCCAAAGGUGUCUGAUACGGUGGUGGAGCCGUACAACGCUACGCUGUCUGUCCAUCAGCUGGUAGAGAACACGGACGAAACGUACUGCAUCGACAACGAGGCCCUGUACGACAUCUGCUUCCGGACGCUGAAGCUGACGACGCCGACGUACGGCGACCUGAACCACCUGGUCUCGGCAACCAUGUCCGGCGUCACCACCUGCCUGCGUUUCCCCGGUCAGUUGAAUGCCGACUUGCGGAAACUGGCCGUGAACAUGGUGCCCUUCCCCCGUUUGCACUUCUUCAUGCCCGGGUUCGCGCCCCUGACCUCACGCGGUAGCCAGCAGUACAGAGCACUGACCGUCCCGGAGCUGACACAGCAGAUGUUCGAUGCCAAGAACAUGAUGGCUGCGUGCGACCCCCGUCACGGCAGGUACCUCACUGUCGCCGCCAUCUUCCGUGGUAGGAUGUCGAUGAAGGAGGUGGAUGAGCAGAUGUUGAACAUCCAGAACAAGAACAGCAGCUACUUUGUCGAGUGGAUCCCGAACAAUGUUAAAACGGCUGUGUGUGAUAUUCCCCCGCGCGGUCUGAAAAUGUCUGCCACAUUCAUUGGCAACAGCACCGCUAUCCAGGAGCUCUUCAAGCGAGUGUCCGAGCAGUUCACUGCCAUGUUCCGGCGGAAGGCCUUCCUCCAUUGGUACACCGGCGAGGGUAUGGACGAGAUGGAGUUCACCGAGGCCGAGAGCAACAUGAACGACUUGGUGUCCGAGUACCAGCAGUAUCAGGACGCCACUGCCGAGGAAGAGGGAGAGUUCGACGAGGAGGAGGAAGAGGAGGGCGCCGAACAGUGAGAGCGCUCACUUUUGACCAUCUGACUGCGAAAUGGGGUACAUGCACGACCUCCGUCCACCAAAACCCAAGAUGCUUCGUGUCGUACCUUGAGAUGAAUCUGAAUUUUGCCACGUAAAAUACAGAACAGUCACAUCAUUAACGUUUUAUUGGUACGCCACUAUUCGUUAGGACAUUGUCACAUCAACUAGUCACAUUGAAGAAGAAUGUCAUUAAGCUAAAGGUAACGCUUGAUUAUCAUGCGUGCCCAAAGUCUUGUGUUGUAAAAUAAAAUAUGAAAGAGGCUA